UAUAUUAGAGAAAAUUACUUGAAGAACAUAUCAAGGAGAAAGAAAUGAUUAAAAAAUAACGUUAAUCAAAGUGCAAGAGACGGGAGUUGUGUAAAAUGAUGGGUUUGAAAUUAGGUAUGAUUGAUUUCAGUGCUAGCAGUGUAAAUAAAGAUAGACAAACGCAAGUUUUGUUCAAAGAAAUACAAAAAGCUAAUGCUGAGAAGGUGGUCACAGAGAAAGUUUCUAAGUCUUCAAUGGUAAUAGAGGGUGUAGAUGAGGAAGAAGUAGUAGAUGUGGUGAAUAGGUAUAGAAAGGGUGCGUUGCAGACUCGUUAUCUAGAAAAAGGUUCGGUUACGAACGGUCACGUGACUACGGAUGAAGUGCUCAAUGUGACCAAGGAUAUCAGGAAGAAGGAAAAAGUUGGAGAAGUACCAGUUUCCGAAGAGGAUUUGGAGCUGUACAAUAAGGUGAAUCAGGCUUGUUCAUCGUGUUUACCUGGGAUUAAAAAGGAAGAGAUUUCAGGAGAAGAAAUAAUUGGUCAUAAGCGAUGUAGCAAGGAGGAAUUGAGUAGGGGGAUGGUUAGAAGUGAUGAGACUGAUAGGGAGAGUGGAUCAGAAAAAACUGCUGUAACAGUGGUGAAAAAAGAAAAAUCUGCUCAAGGAGGGAAAGAACAACUGGAUGAGACAACUGAAUCUGUUGCUCAAGCCACUAAAGUUUACGUAUUAAUUAGUGAGGAAAGGCCUAAACCGGUCUAUGGGCAAAAUGAGGUGUGUCAGGAACUGCAAAAUGAUCGACAGUGUAACAUUAACGAUUUAUAUCCACUGGAAAACUCAAAUUUAGAGAUAUUUACCUAUAGAUAA